AUGGCUCCGAGAGGGAAAGACCUGUCCACAGAUAAAAAGCAGACGAUUGUUUCAAUGUAUAGAAAUGGUUUCAGUGGCCGAAAAAUUGCAGAAAUUAUUGGAAUUAGCCCAAAUACUGUGCAGAAGGUGAUGAAAAGAAAUAAAUUAAGAAAGGGGUUCAGGAGAGAACAGAGGAAGAUCGGUAGGAGAAGAUUGGUGAGUGAAAGGGGGAAUCGUUUGUUAGAAAGAUUGGUAAAAAAGAAUCGACGACAGACUUUGUCUGAUUUAACCAGCAGUUUAAAUGAAUCUUUACCCCAGCAAGUUUCAUGUAGAACAGUUCGACAAAGGUUAAAGGAGCAGUGUUACCACCGAUAUUGUGUUUCCAAGAAAAUUACGAUUUCCAAAAAUAAUCGCCAAUCCCGAAUCUCCUGGUGCCGGACUUAA